AUGUUCGGGUUUCAAACUGGAAACGAACACCGACUUGAAUGGGGGCAGACUAACCAUUCAAGUCGACUUCCAAGCCCUUCGGACUUGCUGUUGACAUUACUUCUGUAAAACCCGCCGGGGAGACCCUAAACUUGCGCGAUUGUUGGUUUUUUUUUUUUUCCCCCUCGUCUUCUUCUUCUGUGGUAGCAGCAGUGCUGUUGCGCCGUGCCGACUGCUCACAUAGUUGAGGGGAUUCAUUGGUUGGAGCAGGAUUGCGCAUUGGCCCUGCCGCGUAUCCGCCGCUUAUCCCGAGGGAAGAGGAACAAUGAAGCGAUAAACGUUUCCUUCUUGCUCCAAGUCCUGCUGCAGAGUUAAUCCCGCUACGGUCAUUUUUAUCUCGCGCUCCCUCUUCCUCUGGCUUUCAUUUUUCUUGUCCUGUGUGGGAUGCGUCGGUUGCUCUAGGAUCCCGCUUGUUGACAGUUUUGUUUUUCUUUAUACAAGAAGUUCACAAGAAGUUUCUGGCAUAGGAAGACGGAAAAUGUCCACACCGAGGUUCAAAAAGGAUAAAGAAAUCAUCACAGAGUACGAGAGUCAAGUCAAAGAGAUCAGGGCCCAGUUGGUGGAGCAGCAGAAAUGUCUGGACCAGCAGACAGAAAUGCGGGUCCAGCUGCUGCAGGACCUCCAGGAUUUCUUCAGGAAGAAGGCAGAGAUUGAGAUGGAAUACUCCAGAAACCUAGAGAAACUGGCUGAACGCUUCAUGGCAAAGACUCGCAGCACUAAAGAUCACCAGCAAUACAAAAAAGACCAGAAUCUGCUGUCACCGGUCAACUGUUGGUAUCUGCUGCUGAACCAGGUGAGGAGGGAGAGUAAGGACCAUGCAACUCUGAGUGACAUCUACCUCAACAACGUCAUCAUGAGGUUCAUGCAGAUCAGCGAGGACUCCACGCGGCUACUGAAGAAGAGUAAAGAAAUAGCCUUUCAGCUCCAGGAAGACUUAAUGAAAGUCCUCAAUGAGCUAUACACAGUGAUGAAGACGUAUCACAUGUACCACUCGGAGAGCAUCAGCGCCGAGAGCAAGCUGAAAGAGGCUGAGAAACAAGAGGAGAAGCAGAUUGGCAGGGGUGAUCCUGUCUUCAGCAUUCGAAUGGAGGAAAAAUACCAGAGGCGCAGCUCUGUGAAGAAAAUUGAGAAGAUGAAAGAGAAGCGUCAAGCCAAGUACUCGGAGAACAAGCUGAAGUCGAUCAAAGCGCGAAACGAGUACCUGCUGACGCUGGAAGCGUCAAACUCAUCCGUUUACAAAUACUACAUCCACGACUUGUCGGACUUAAUUGAUUGCUGUGAUUUGGGUUACCAUGCCAGUCUGAAUCGUGCCCUGAGGACUUACCUGUCUGCAGAAUACAACUUGGAGACGUCACGCCACGAGGGCCUUGAUAUCAUUGAAAAUGCAGUGGACAGUCUGGAUCCACGAAGUGACCGACAGAGGUUCAUGGAGAUGUACCCUACGGCCUUCUGCCCACCGGCAAAAUUUGAGUUCCAGCCUCACAUGGGAGAUGAAGUGUGUCAGAUCUCAGUGCAGCCACCAGUAAAUGGGGAACUCAUCCUGAGGUUCCAGCAGCUUCAGUCUCGUCUUGCAACUCUGAAGAUUGAAAAUGAAGAGAUCAAAAAGACAUCAGAGGCAACCCUGACCACCAUACAGGACAUGGUGACCAUUGAAGACUAUGAUGUGUCUGAGUGCUUCCAUCACAGCCGGUCCACCGAAUCAGUCAAGUCCACAGUGUCAGAGACGUACCUCAGCAAGCCCAGCAUUGCCAAGAGGAGGGCCAACCAGCAAGAGACGGAGCAGUUCUACUUCAUGAAAUUCCGUGAGUUUUUGGAAGGCAGUAAUCUCAUCUCCAAACUACAAGCCAAGCACGACUUGCUGAAGAGAGCACUCGGUGAAGGCCACAGAGCUGAAUACAUGACCACAAGACAUCCCAAUGGCCCAUUCAGAACCCACACUGGCACCCGGCGGGCUAGACCCCGCUCUGUUUUUAAUGUUAGGUUAUUUAAUGGCAAUUUGGAGUCAUUUAUCAAGGACUCUGGUCAAGCUAUCCCUCGUGUGGUUGAAAGUUGUAUUCGCUACAUAAAUUUGUAUGGCCUCCAACACCAAGGAAUAUUUCGUGUAUCUGGAUCCCAGCUGGAAGUCAAUGACAUCAAGAACUCAUUUGAGAGAGGAAACGACCCUCUGGCAGAUGAUGAGAAUAACCAUGACAUUAAUUCAGUGGCUGGUGUUCUCAAACUGUACUUCCGGGGUCUGGAGAACCCUCUUUUCCCCAAAGAGAGGUUCAACGAGCUGCUCUCAUGCAUCAGAAUAGACAACCUGUAUGAGAGAGCUCUGUACAUCCGUAAGAUCCUCCUGACCAUUCCCAGAUCUGUCCUCAUUGUGAUGCGCUACCUCUUUGCCUUCCUUAACCAUUUGUCCCAGUACAGUGAUGAGAACAUGAUGGACCCGUACAACCUGGCCAUAUGUUUUGGCCCCACACUCAUGCCCACACCAGACAGCCAGGACCAGGUCUCAUGCCAGGCCCACGUCAACGAGAUCAUCAAGACGAUCAUCAUCCACCAUGAGACCAUCUUUCCUGAUGUCAAAGAACUGGAUGGGCCCAUCUAUGAGAAGUGUAUGGCGGGUGGAGACUACUGUGAGAGCCCCUACAGUGAGCAUGGAGCCCUGGAGGAGGUAGACAAUGAAGGCGGAGCAGAGACGCACACCAGCGAGGACGAGAGUGAGCCUAUUGAAGCUAUUGCCAAGUUUGACUACGUUGGGCGCUCUUCUCGAGAGCUGUCUUUCAAGAAGGGUGCCUCCCUGCUGCUGUAUCAGCGAGCAUCUGAAGACUGGUGGGAGGGACGGCACAAUGGCAUCGACGGCCUGGUGCCACACCAAUACAUUGUAGUCCAAGACAUAGAUGACAACUUCUCAGACACUCUGAGUCAAAAGGCUGACAGCGAGGCCAGCAGCGGCCACGCUGGAGAGGAUAAAUGCUCAGGAAAAGACAUCGGUUCACCCAAUGACACCAGGAUCUCCGAGGCAUUCAUCACCAGCAGACACAGGAAAAGAUCAGAUCCACCAUCUCGGCGACCGCCUGCCCGUCCCAGUGAUGUCCACUGCAUGGUGCAUACCUCCCAGCAAAGUCAUGGCGGGACUCCAGAGAUGGGCUCUCCAGUUCUGGGCCACUUCAGCCCACGGGACAUGCUUCGAAGUCGCAACCACAUUCCCAUGGACAGCCCGGAGCGACGGCGCCGCGCUGGCCACGGUAGUCUCACUAAUAUCAGUCGUCACGAGUCCCUGAAGAAGAUGGAGAGCCCACCAAUUCGCCGCUCCACCUCCUCGGGCCAGUACACUGGCUUUACUGACGCCCAUCAUCACCACCACCACCACCACCAUCAUGGUGGCAAGCCCCUGGACCCGGAGACCAUCGCACAGGACAUAGAGGAAACUAUGAACACUGCUCUGAAUGAGCUGCGCGAGCUGGAGCGGCAGAGCUCAGCCAAGCACGCCCCUGACGUAGUGCUGGACACCCUGGAGCAGCGGCAGACCUCCGGCAGCAGCGGUGGAGGUCCAACGCCGGCAAGCUCCAGCGAGUCCCUCAGCCCCAUCCACGGCGUCAUGCUGAGGUCAACUGCCAAUACUGAGCCACCCAUCCGUCGCAGCACCAGUUCCUCCAGUGAUUCCAUGAGCACAUUCAAGCCUGUGGUAGCACCACGUAUGGGGGUGCAGCUCAAGCCCCCGGCUUUGAGGCCCAAGCCCAUGGUCUUGCCAAAAUCCAAUCAGGCCCCUCAGCCUCCCACUACAUCUUCUCAGGACCCUCUGGAUAAGUCCUGCACCAUGUAACCUCUGAGACAGGAAUCGGAAUAUGUAAAGCAAAAACGCUCAAUCUAGUUCCAAGGGACUGUGAAAAGCUACCAGUGGCUACAGUUCUCAGAGACAGUACAAAUAAUAUUCAAGAGUGUGUAUAAAUACUUGGGACUUGUAUAGGAGAAGACAUUUCCUUUUGGUGGUUUGAAGCUGAAAACAAGAAUGUAAAGAGGAUUAGAUCUGAGAGACUGAUGUAGGAGUUAGAGUUUAGACAGAUUUGUCAGCCAGAUAAGUCUGCUGUCUCAAUGACAUGCAGAUUUGUGUGUUAAUAUGCUUAGGUUAAUAUUACAUAACGGAUAUCUUUUAAAAAAAAAUCAAUUUAAACAACAAAUCACAAAGGCUUCCUGAAAGUUUUAGAAAAUGUAGUUUACAGAUGAUGAUGAAGAACUGUAACUCUGAACAACAUAUGGUGCAUGCAGCUCUUCGGUUUACUGCUGAACCUGUGGUGAGGACUGUAGUGAACACGGUGGUUAGGAACUAGAUCCCCCCCCUCCCCCCCACUUUAUCUAGAAUGGUUUUUGGGGGUGUUGUGAAUCAGUACAAAGGCCUUUCCGACUUUGAGAUGUAACUGAUUUUAAAAUGUUCAUUCAUAUAAAAGGUGCUGUGACGUGCUGGGCAGAAAUGGUUUGAAGGUCAGACUAAAAAAAAAAAAAAAAAAGAGUCUUAAAGAGCUCUUUACAAAUAAUUUAUUAACGGUGUUAAUAAAUUAAUAGUACUGACACCAGUGUGCUUCUUUUUCACACGCAUGUAAACUGCAGCUUUCUAUGGCGAGGCAUGACAUCUGUUGUGUUUCAUAAAUACAAAAAUCACCUCUGUGUUGGUUUCACUCAGAUUUAUUUAAACAUGCUGCCUGGAAUGAGAGAUGAUUGGAUAAAACCACUACUGCUUUAUGACCUUUGACUGAACGUUUUUGAUGCAUUCUUAAAUUCCUGCAACAUUAUCUCAGGUUGCAGGGAGAAAAACGCCUAAUAUGUCUUUUGCCUUUGUGUCUGUAUAACCUAUAGGGAGAAGUUUGGGAAAAUUAUGAUGAAAAACAUGUUGUUAUACUGCGUGGACCACAUGCCAUAGCUUCUUUUUAUGCCUUGUUUGGCUUUAUCUACCCAAAGAUAUGAGUUUAUAAGUUAAAGCAUGGAUAAUGAUCCUUCAUGUUUAGACUCAAGGCGGUGCCCUGUGGUUAGUGCUGCCAGUAGCCAUGGACCUGAUGACUGUUAGUGUAAAAAUCUCCUAAUAUGCCCCCCCUGCUUCCUGUUCUUUUUUUUUUUUUUUUUUUUUUUUUUAUUGCAAAUGAACAGCAGCUUGCUUUGAGUCCCUGUAGUCUGUUUUUAUGUUUGGGAAAGAAUGUCAAUAAUGUUUGCACAUUCGUCUCAGAUUGACAUCGAGGCUCUCUGUGCGUUUACCGAUUUGUGUGGAUGAUAUUUACAAGUGCAUGAAAGGAAAUGGGCUCUGUGGGACAAGAGGAAGCAGACCAUGUCAGUCAGCUCCUAUGUAAUAACUUCAAAAAUGCAAUAGCCUCAUAAAACUGUAUGUGCCAGACUUCCAGUUUUGUGGCUGCAGCCCUGUAUGUGUCUUUUUCUUUCUUUUUUACCUCUGUACUGUAGAAAUAACAGACCUGGGUGCAUGUCCUUGGAGUGUUUGGCUGGCAUAAUUGCAUAUAGAAGAGUUGGGUUGCAGUGCAUCAGCAAUGCUCUCUAAAAGCAGGUUUACACUAUCUUUGACUUGACAAAUAUUGUGUGUAUAAAUAAUCAAAGGUUAAUUUCUGAAUUACUAACUUUCAUUAUUUUUAUAAUCUUUUUUUUUUUGUUAUAUCUGUUGUGUUUCUGGGUAGAAAUCACUUAGAAGAUAUGAUGUAGAAUAAAUAUCCAGAGAUACAGGUGUCCCACCUAUAGUGUGAAGCCAGUUGUAUAUAAAAAUAAAAAUGUGUUUUUGUCACUAUGUAACAUCAGCAACAGUAGGACUCAGUUAUGCCGUCUGUAGGCUUUAAGCUACUCUGUGGUGUUAUGUACAUCUGUAUUAUGUGAAAGUGCCUUUGAAAAUGUUUUAGAGGAAUUUCAGAUAUUCUGUCCAGUCGCAUAUUAGAUGCCGUGUUUUUGAGAAAAUGCAGUGCAGGAAGAAGAUGUGUGUAAGUAAUUAUGCCAUUUUCCAAACAGUUAUAUGGCAGAAUUAAUAAUAAAUAAACAGCUUACUCAAUGUGACAUUGCACUUUUAUGUAUAUAACUGUAUAUAUGGCAUGUAAUAUCAUAACGUUUAGAGUUCAUUCGAGGAUUUCUUUCUAAUAAAGGAAAUAGUUUGUCGA